CUAGCAUGGUUGUUCGUGUAACAUGUGUAACUAGAAAUUAGAAAAUAAGAUGAGUUCACAGAAAGGAAAUGUAUCACGGUCGCGACAACAGAAACAUCAAAACACCUUCGCCUUCAGAAAUGACAAGUACGGAGCAACUGUGCAAGUAAAGAAGGCAAAGUCGAAGAUCCACGAUGGGCUAUGUCAACGCUGCAAAGACGUGCUCGAAUGGAAAGUCAAGUACAACAAAUACAAGACACUAACACAGCCUAAAAAAUGUGUCAAGUGUUUUCAGAAGAGUGUGAAGGAUGCAUAUCACAUCAUAUGUAAGCCCUGUUCUAUUCAGCUUGACAUCUGCUGCAAGUGUGGGAAGAAGGAGGACAUUGUUAUUCCAGUUAACUCCCAUCUGGAUAAGACAGAGAACGAAGAGGAUGAAGAACCGAAAAAGAAAGGUUGCAGGCGAGGAAAGAAGGACGCAGAUGACAUGGACAGUGAUGAUGAUUACGAUGAUGAUGAUUGUAGUGACUUCGGAGACGACGGUGAUGAUGUUGAAGACUUUGACAGUGACUCAGGACCAAAGAAGACACAGAAGACAAAGUCUGCCGCACUUCCAGAUGUCUCCAAAGUUAACAUUAAAGACUAAAGACAGAGGAAAAAGUGCCAGGUGAACUUGUUUUUACAUACUGUAUACACAUACUAUAUACUCAUAUCUACAGUAUGUGGUUUGUGGUGUGACCAUUCUCAAAUGAACUAAAGCAAAUGAACAGUGUUGCUGGUUGUAUAACCUGGACUACAAGUUAAUGUCAACAUCAGUUGUGAAGGUAAAAGCUCCCAGAUGAUUCAGAAAACUAACAUUUAUUUUAGAUGGUCUCCAUUAAAAGACCUGCAAAAUGAGAUGAAUAGGCUGUAUAAUAUAACAUAAAUUGUCCAGCCUGUUUACAAGCAGUACCAGGUAGAUGCAUAUAUAUUCAGUAUUUGAAAGAACUGUAAUAAAAACCUUCCUGUAUACAAUUGAACCAAUGAACCUUAAAGAUUCUUUUUGAUUUU